GCGGACUCAGCUGGUUGUCAGCGCGCUUUGAAAUCAAUUCCCUUAAAAACAAAACCGAAAUCGUCUUUAAAACCGUGCUCGUCAUUUUUGUAUAUCGUAACGUGUUUAAGCGUGAAUAUUUGAACUCAAAGAAAAAUAAACUGAACUCGACGCAAACAGUGAAAUUGUGCCUAAAAUUGUGUCAAUACAAUGUUGGAGUUUUAUCCAAUGCCCACGAACCUGAAUCAAGUCGGUAGCAGUUUGUAUUCGCUGCAACAGAAUCAUGGCGGUGCACGUUUCCUGGACAGUCCGAGUGCAACGGGCGCCAAUGUAAACAGCAACAUGACAUCCGCCUGCUUGUCCAACAGCAAUCACAAUAACAACAACAGCAACAGCAACAUUGCCGGAAACAACAAUUCGAUAGCAACAGCUUCAUUAACGGCUGCUGUAAUUUCCUCGCAGCAGCAGCAGCAGCAACAACAUCAACACGCGGUCUCGCCAGCGCCAAUUAACAGCUGCCCAACGCCCACAGGUCAUAGUCUGAGUCUCAGUCACAAUCACAGUCUCAGUCCCAGCAACAGUAACAACAACAACAACAAUAACAACAGCAACAAGAACCAAAACUCUGCCUGCAACACAUUAACAGCUGCUGCUGCCGCAGGAACGGCAACAGCAGCAGUCUCUGCCCCAACAUCAUCAACAGCAGCAUCAGCAGCAGCAUCGGCAGCGGCGCCCGGAGUUGGAGCCACGGCAACGACGGCGACAGCGACGUCAGCAUCGGCUUCGGCAUCAGCAUCGGCAUCGAAAUUGUCUGCUGAUUGCAGUGGACGCACAGAAGUGGGCCACAUCAAGUGCGAGAAGAACUAUGAACUGUGUGAGGGUUGCGGACAGAAGAUCCAUGAUCGCUAUCUGAUGAAUGUGGGCGAUGCCAAUUGGCAUGAACAAUGCCUCGCUUGCUGCUACUGUGGCAUGCAACUGCAUCACACGUGCUACGUGCGCAACUCGAAGCUCUAUUGCAAACUGGACUACGAUCGACUGUUUGGUGUCAAAUGUGCCGCCUGUUGUCACGCCAUUUUGCCCCAGGAGCUGGUCAUGCGCCCCAUACCCAACUACGUAUUCCAUUUGCCCUGCUUCGUGUGCUAUGCCUGCCGGCUACCGCUGCAGAAGGGCGAGCAGUUCAUGCUGCGGGAUGGGCAGCUCUUCUGCUUUCGCCAUGACCUCGAGAAGGAGAUGUUUCUAGCGGCAGCUGCGGCACAACAUUGCGGCUUUGUGGGCCUGGAUGAGGAGGAUUUGCUUCGGCCACGCGAUGGCAGACGUGGUCCCAAGCGACCACGUACCAUUCUGACGUCGCAGCAGCGCAAACAGUUCAAGGCCUCGUUUGAUCAGUCACCGAAACCGUGCCGCAAGGUGCGCGAGGCGCUGGCCAAGGACACGGGACUGUCGGUGCGUGUGGUGCAGGUUUGGUUCCAAAAUCAGCGGGCCAAGAUGAAGAAGAUACAGCGCAAGGCGAAGCAGAAUGGCAGCUCAUCCGGUGCAUCGGGCAAUGGACGUGGCGGCAAUGGAAAUGGAAGCGCAAGUGCCUCCGAUGACAAGGAUGCCAGCGAGAAGGAGGAGAAGUGCGUCAAGCAGGAGCUUGGCGUAGACAAUGUGAGCUUCUUGGGUGGCAUGGACAGCGCCUUUGCCAGCCAGCCACUGAAUCCCAACUUGCCCUUCUCACCCGAUGACUAUCCAGCCAAUUCGAAUGACAGCUUCUGCAGCUCAGAUCUAUCACUCGAUGGAAGCAACUUUGAUCAGCUAGAUGAUGAUGCCGAUUCGCUGUCGCUGAACAAUUUGGAACUGCAAUCGACCAGCUCGUCGGGGAAUCACAAUCAACAUUCGAAUCCGCACGAUAUGCUGGCCAAUCUGAACACGAGCCUUAUCAAUCCCAUCGACAAGCUGUAUCUCAUGCAGAACUCGUACUUUAGCUCCGAUCAUUAAGCAGCAGCACAUUGCAUUUCUUUGCUGGCAUCGGCAUCUCGUAGUCUAUACGAAUUUAUUAGUGUUUAGAGCGUCACAACGUCAGUUUGAACAUUCGGCAACAUGCAACAUGAAAAGUUGAGCGAUUUUAAGAACAAGAAAACAAAAAAAACAAAAACCAAAAAAAAUAUAUAUAUAAAUUGUGAUUUUUAAGCUAAACGAAGUUUUUAAGGGAAUUCGCAUUACGUGCAUUAGCUCGAUAUAAACGAGAUGUAAUGCACACACAGUAUGUACGAGAUAUAUUGUUAGUUUGAACUGAGUAAGUAGCACUACCAAAGGUUAAAUCCACAUGAGCCUAUGUUUGUAUAUAGUUUUAGACCCAAAACAAUUGUUAUAAAAAUGUAACUUAAAUUAAAAAAGAAAAAACAGUCAUUAAAUUA